ACUAAACCUGGGAAAUAAAACAGCACACCCAAAGUAACAGCUACGCGAACGUUUUCAGAAAGCGGCUAUAUUUCAUUCAAAAUGGGGUUGCUUUUUUCAAAACUGAGCAAAUUAUUUGAGGAUUGGGGUACUUCACAAGCAAAAAUACUGAUGCUUGGACUGGAUGCUGCAGGAAAGACUACAGUACUGUACAAGAUCAAACUGAUUGAAACAGUAGCAACUAUCCCUACCAUUGGAUUUAACGUAGAAACUGUAACACCAGUGAAGGGCCUCACAUUCACUGUAUGGGAUAUCGGCGGCCAGGACAAAAUAAGACCAUUAUGGAGAUAUUACUUUCAAAACAUUGAUGGUCUAGUCUAUGUCGUAGACAGCGCGGAUCGAGAGCGAAUGUCAGAGGCCCGGGAAGAGCUAUUCAGUAUUACUGAAAGUGAUGAGAUGAGGGGUGUACCAGUAUGUAUUAUUGCCAACAAACAAGAUCUGCCAAAUGCUCUGAAUCAGUCAAAGGUAAUUGAUCAACUACAUCUACACAAGCUUACUGGGCGAAAGUGGUAUGCCCAAGCUGCAUGUGCAACUACCGGAGAAGGUAUUUACGAGGGUAUGCACCAGCUAGCUUCUGUGGUGAAAGAAUUUAAGAAAGAGGUACGCAGGGCUUACUGAAUUACAAUAUCAAACAAAUCCAAACCACAAUGCUGUGAAACAUUAGACCGGAAUCGGAUGUUAGCGAAUCCAGUUGUUAUCAUUUGAAUGAUGGUUCCCGGCUUGCAAAGCAGAGAAAAAGGAAAAUGCCAAAGGAGGGUAGAUAUUAAAAUUGUACAGGAUUGAUUACUUUGAAUCAAUACAACCAUAGGUACGUGCAGUUUUACUGAGAAAUGUGUGCUAAAGAAUCAUACUUCUAAACAAUAAGACAUGUACAGCGAAUACCUGCUUGAUAGCGCCUUUAGAUGCCUUUUUAAAGACUUUCACUAAACUAUGUUAUCGUUAGAUAUUUACAAAUAUAUUUAACUUUACUAAAUAUAUGAAUUAACUGCUUAUGUUGAGCUACAUUCGUGAUUGAUUGCCAUGCAGAAAUAGUCGUUUGUUAAAAAAAAACUUCUAGUGUUUUAGUCACUGUACAAAUUUAUUCCAAGUUUAGCUAAAGACUUAUAAAGUGUGUAUAUAUAUAUACUAUAUCAA